AUGGAGAGGGAAGGCGAGGGGAAGACACACGACUCGAUGGUCACGGUGCGGUUGUCGGAGACGCCAUUGACGAUCGAUACGCAGCUUGCAGACAAUGUGUUGACAGAGGUUGAGGAGCCUGACGAAACGGGAGAGUAUGCGAGGAGAGAGCUGGAAGACAUACAAGAGUCACCGACAAUCACGAUGCGGGAUCCGAAUGGGAAUGAGAUGACGAGUCCCACUGGCUCGGACUUUGCAGAAUCGCCUGACGAUGCCGGAUUGCGGAGGGACAGUGAGUCCUCUGACGAGGGGCCUGAUGGUGUCAAUUGGGAAGAAUUAGAAAAGACCGAGGAGCAGGAACCUAGAGAUCAAGGAUCCGACGAUUCUACGGCUCUGCUGCUCGCCAGACUCGAGCAAGAAAACAACCUCCUAGCCACGAAUCCCAAAUCCGGUCUCACGAAGGUCCAAUCACUCGAGAAGCAGCGAGCGCGAUCAAAAUCAAGACCGCCUUCCAUACAACACCUGAAGAGACUGGUCAAUGGGCCUACGCCACCUGCACUGAGAUAUUCCAUGAUUCCUGCUCCGCCCAUGACGGAUCUGGAGUUUUGGGCGGCCCUCGUGCAGGAUUAUACGAGGACGGCGCAGUGCCUGCCUACACUGCUCUCGAAGAAGAUCAGGAACGGCAUUCCUCCGCCUCUGCGAGGGGUCGUGUGGCAGAGUAUGUCUGGGGCUAGGGAUGCCCUUCUCGAAGAACAGUUCGAUCAAUUGUGCUUGGAAUCGAGUCCAUAUGAAGGAAUUAUUGGCAAAGAUAUUGGACGGAGUUUCCCCGGUGUCGAGAUGUUCCGUGAUCCGGACGGUGAUGGACAACGCAUGCUGGCGAGGGUAUUGAAAUGUUUUAGCCUGUAUGACCAUAAGAUUGGAUAUUGUCAGGGCUUGGGAUUCCUUGUGGGACCCCUCCUUAUGCAUAUGGGUGAUAAGCAAGCCUUCUGCGUCCUCGUUCGGCUUAUGGAACAUUACGACCUUCGAAGUUGCUUCCUACCGGAUUUAUCUGGCCUACACGUGCGCAUCCAUCAAUUCCGCAUGUUGCUCAAACAACAUCUGCCGACCCUCUCCGCACAUCUUGACGCUCUCCAAAUCGAACCCGCCUACGUCUCUCAAUGGUUCUUAUCGUUCUUUGCCGUUACCUGCCCAUUGCCCAUGCUAUUCCGAAUAUACGAUGUCAUCUUUGCGGAGGGAGCUUCGGUGACAAUCAUGAGGGUAGCCUUAUCGCUGAUGAGAAAGAAUGAGGAGAAGAUCAUUGCGUGCACGGAAUUUGAGGAUGUUAUGCAACUGCUCCUAUCAAGGGGUCUUUGGGACUGCUAUCACUACAACGCCGACUCGUUUGUCAAUGACUUUGUCAGCCUCACGGGAAUUGUCACAAACGAGAGUUUACAGGUCUUAGAGGCUAGCUACCAUGAGUCAAUGGCUGUAGACGCGGCCAGUAUAUCUGAAACUAUCGGAUCCGCUGCCCAGCGAUUCCUGGGCCGUUUAUGGGCUGGCCCAACAACUUCUAUGAAACCAGCAACUCUCAGUCCCAGCCUCGUGGCGCCAUCUCGGCCCGUCAGCUUCAUGCGGAGGUCUCCGUCCAAGCAAAGUAUUGCUUCAACCAUGAACUCCAUAGAGGGUGGUGGAUCUGAUAGCAUUCUGAGCUCCUCCACCGAGGCCACGAGUGCAUCUCGCGAUUCGUCAAACACCGACGAGUCUUCGAUCCGCGGACAAUCUGUUAGCUUCCCGGUCGCCCACGCCCCGAAAUCCAACAAGGACAAGAACCUGCAUGGCCAGAUUGAAGACUUGCUGACGGCUCUGAGUGAGAUGCAGAGGGAUCACGCGAUUCUUGCCACGCAGCUCCAGAGGGAGAGGGAGGAGCGUGAGGAGGAUCGACGGGCUGUGAAGUCGCUGCUUGAUGGAUUGAAGAAGAAGAGUAGCUCGGAGACAGUGAACAGCGAAGAUAGUCUCGAGACGGUGAACAGUGAAGAUAGUCUCGAAACUGUCACAGCUACCAACCAAGUGGCGGAAGAAGAGGCAGAAGAGGCUGUCCCGCAGCCUGAACAAGUCGAACCAGUCCCAGACGAGGAUCCCGAUAGAGAGAAUUCGACGCCGGUGCCCGAGGACGACAUAUCACACCUCAUCAGCGUUGUUGAAGAGCGCUUCUCACCUGACACCAUCUCCAACCGCCGCUCUUCAAUGCUACAGUCCAAAUCUCAACUCCGCGAUGAACUCGCCCGUUCCAAAGAACAACUCAUAAUCGAGGUCUCUAAAUCACAAGACUAUGCGCGUCGUCUCUCCGAAUCUGCGCGGGAAUCUGCUUCCUUGAGGGAAGAAUUGCGGGAGGCGCAUACACAUAUCCGCACUGCGCACACCGAGAAGCAGAGACUGGAGAAAGUGAUCCAGGAGUUGAAGUCCAAGGAGAGGAAAAGUUCGCAGGCGACCCCAGAUUCUGCGACCCAGGAUGAGUGGCCGUCGCCAAAAGUGGUGAGCAGUGGGGGGCUGAGGGAGCUGAAAUUAGGACGGUCAGGAAGCAACCGCAGCCAGAAGAAUGUGCCGAUGUUCACCAAACGCACGUCCAGUCUGAAUGCGGCUGCGAUCAUGUACAAGGAAAGCGAAUGUCCCAGUCCCACACUGCCGCCACCCUCGCCGGCCCCCUCGGAAACCGAUAACAAGAAAGAUGCAGAUGUCGAUACCCUCGUCUUGGAAUUGGUGCAGGCGAAGACGGCAGAAGCACUGGCGAGGCAAGAGGCAGAGGAGGCGAAAGGCAAGCUCGAGGCCCUGAGGAAACUACUCGGGAUGUCGACACCGAGCCCCAGCGAAGGCCAAAGACCGAGCAUACAGAUGGGCAACACGCCCUACUCUUCGCUGAGUCUGGUACCGCCCGCCAAGCGGGACAUAGAGAACAAACCCCCCGCCAGCGCCGGCGCCAGCAGCGGCGGCUUCUGGGCGGGCUGGGGCAAGCGCUCAGCGAGCACGGUGGAGAAAUCGAGUGCAGGUCUGUAA